AUAACAUAGCUGUUUACUGCGGCUAACCAAAGCUAUUUGCAUAGAAAAUUUAUUCAAAAAAAUAUAAAUUUCAGCAAUUGAAAUGAAAUUGAAAUAAAAUACGCUUUAAGAGAAUAUUAACACCCCAAUAGUACAGCUUAAAUAUCAUAUACAUACAAAUCGGUAAUUACCUUUGCAGCACACACCGAAGCCAAUUGAAAUUAUGCGUAAAUUACAUUUCGAUAUUUUCGUGUGAUUUUAAAAUCCACAUCCAACAUGUGUAUGGUGUCUGUAAAGAAUUAUUAUUUCUUUUUUACAACAACACUAUAGCGAAGAAGUCAAUUUAAAUGGCAACCGCAUUCAUUAACUUUCAUUAAACUUUUGCGGCUUUGCUCGCCAUUGAAUGGCUGUGCAGCAGUGCGUGUACUCAACUUAUACAAUAAUUUCCACGGAGCAAAGCAGGCGGACCUGGACCUUUGGCGAAAAAACCAACAAUAAACAGGCGUUUUCUUUAAAUUUAACAGAAUCAGCAGAAAAAUUAACGCACGAGUUGACAUUAAAUCCGAGUAUGUGUGUCUGUUUAUAUGUAAAGACGAACUAAACACUUGUGCAGCGAGGACGACAGGUGGUAUGAGUGAUGUCAGACAAUUAAUGUAAGCAUAUCGGCGACCACUUUGAUAUCACUGCGCUGAAGCACAGCAAAAAUAAAAGCAAUGUCACAAAGGGUUGUCUGCCGGCUGCUUCGGAGGCUUUACAUUUUUAUUAAUUGCUAUUGUUAUAUUUAUUCUUUUAAAAUUUUUUGUUUUUAUUUUAGUUUUUUUUAUUGUGUUCCAAAUCUUCACCAAAUUUUACGCCGCUUUAUCAAGAUUUUAUUUAUUGUAUUUAGACAAAAGCUUUACAAAGGUGCUUUUAGUUCAGUUAUUGGGCACCGAAGUUGCUUCAGUUCUGCGGCACCAGCAAUUACAUUUCGCUAGCACUGCAUUUACAGGUUAGCAUAUUUUUGAAUGCCUUUCUUUGUUAAACACUACAGAAUGUUGAACGGUUUCGAAAUGCGUCGAAUUUAUGCGAAGUGACCGCACUUUUAUUUGUUUUUUCUUCGCAUUUUUUUUUUACAUUUUAUUUGUUUUAUUUUUAAUUUUUGCUGGUAUACUCUGUGCAAUUUUCUUCUUCUACCAAUUUCCCAAUAUUUGAAUGCCUGUUUAACCCUUCCAGAAGCUUUUAUUUUACUUUUGCAAACAAUAUUGCCAGCAUGGCGCAGUUAACGCUUAAUGUUUGUGGUGUGAGAAAUUUCGGCACCACAGACAGCAAAAGACCAUAAUAUAAAUUCAAAGUAAUCUUUAAACGUUAAAAUAAAUUUUCAAUGUAAAUGCGACUCUGUCUAACGAUCAUUCCAAACACUCAUAUACCACCUAGAAUUUGAAAACAAAGGAGCUUAAACUAGAACUUUUUUUUUUUACGUUUUUGAGAACUCGCAUUACUAUCUCAACAAAUUUGAUUCGGAUUGGAAUCACGGCUACGGAAUUGUUGAAAAUGUUGUAGAAGUAUUUUGGCGAGUCUAGGGUUCUGUGGAGCCAUCGUCAUCGAAAUUUGACUCGUGCGAGUAGUCCAUCCACUCUGUCAAAGACGGUAAUAUCCAUAUUAUAUAUGGAAGAAAAGAAGAUAUUUAACUGACUUUGUUGUAAAUGUCUCAAUCUUGUCAUAAUUAGAACUGUUACUUCGCUGACAGCUUACUAUUCACCCAUAUAAGUGCUGUCAAAUUUUCAACCUUGAAAUUACCGUUCAGAGUAUUUUACACACUCUGUGGGUAGAAAGCAUAAAACGACUAUUCGAUAGCUGAGAUGUGUGCAGGUAUAUUUAUGAGUACUCCUUUCAAGCAACAAUGCUGCAACAAAGCCUACUUAAAUUUUUGGGUUGUUCUUUGUUUCGAGCCACGCAAUAACUAACGGCAUAUACCCGUACUAUGCGAGCUUUCGGGCAAGUAAGCGGUUCAGUUCGCUUUUCUUUGAAUGAGAUUUGUUUCCAUCCAAAGCAGUGUACAUUUCUUCAAACCAAAAGCAAAAACUCGGUAUUCAAUCAAAAGUUCGGCUGACCAGUUAGUGGGCUGUAGGCGUCUUUUAAAUGAUUGAGUGUGGUUGAAUUGUGAAAGAGUUUGUAGUCUUAGAUAUUAUAGAGAGAACAAAGUAGUUGGUCGACAAGUCUGAAAUGCGCUGCUAAAAUGUAUUGUACAAGGGAGGUCAUAUAGGUUAGAUUGAAAUAUCUGCUCCUUCCAUUUCUGUAGCUUUCUGCACCAUAGAAGUCAACUGCGUUGUAUCUCUAAAAUAGUAGCAAGGGUAGAGUCAAAGGUUUAUGGCCGCAACACCCACGGCUCCGUUAGAUUCUUAUUUGAAAAUAUUACUGAAAUGUCAAGCAGCCUGCAAUCCAUCGAUUUAAGUUAUUUUUGUGCGAGCAAAUUUUAUUAUUCCAUGCGUUCUUCGAUCAAAUCUAAAUUGCAAACCAUUUUCGCGUGACUUUAAUUUAUUUUCUAAGUAUUCGAUACGAUUACGCUGAGAUCUCAGAGUAUGUGGCAAGUCCAUUCAUGAUUUUUGUCACUAUCGCCACUAAAAAAACUUUCCAUAAUAGAAGACCAGAACCCUAUUCCACACUUAGCCUAGCCUCGUACCAAUCUCCAAGGUAGUCAUAGUAAGCAGACCUUUCAAAAUUCGCUUUACAUUGCUAUCGAAUGCACUUAAUCGAAUUAAAUUGAAUCACAUGGCACCGAGACACUCUACAACCGCCUCCAGCUACAAACCGAAACGCCGUAGCAGCAGCCUCAACAAAACUGAUGGAAAGGCAUAAUUGUUAUUACCAGCUUCAUUAUCAUUACUAUUACUAUCAUUUUUCGAACAUAUGGAAGUUAAAUGAAAUUUUCAAUAUUAAAUUAUCUGCAUCAAUACAACAACACACCAGCAAACACACAAUUUUAAACCCACAUUGGACACCUCAUAUUGUGAAAAGCCUCUAUAUCAGGGGAUUUGUGGUGAUGGUCAAUUGAAUUGUUGAGUGAAUGAGGGUUAAGCAUUUGCAGCUUGAAGCUUGAGACUACACCCCUGGCAGCGACCAUUAGAAAUGUUUACAGGCUGGGCACUUAUACUACUGCUUCUUCAACUGCUAAGUAUUCACGCUUAGUGUGUUUUUUUUGUUGCUGCAACUUUGACGCAUCGAAUUUCCAUAGCAUUGUAUUUGUUGUUGCUUCAGUAUUGCAUAAUUAUGAUUAUGUAUAUUGCAAGGCGACGCAGACACUGUCGCUGCUUUGUAGAAGAAGUGUGUAUUUGCUGCCCGUUGUGACAACUGACAUGACCAUCAUCAGCUGGGAAUUCGCUUAGUGCGCUUUCUGCCGCUUGUAUGUGACGUAUGUAUGUGAGUAGUGGCAAUAAAUGUGCGGGUGCAUUUCUACUGCUCGUUUGCUUUGGUCGUGAAUUUGUUGAUCAAAUCUCAUCAAUGCUGCAUAACUCUUUUCCGCCUAACGCCGUCUCUUCCGCUCUUCUGUCGCGCAUAAACUUAAGGUUUGUUCGUUAUGCAAAAAAGAAAUCUAAGCAAGCUCUUGACCAUGAAUUAUCUGUUUGUGGCGCUGUUGCGUAAAGCGUAUUGCUCAGCCGAAAUGAGUCAUUUAAGCAGUUUGUAUUUCAACUAGGGUCUUAUUGUGACUAAAUUGAAUAAGUGAUGAGUGACAAACUGGGCUAUUGAGAAUAAAAUAAGAGACUUGGUAAUGAUGUCGUAAGGUUAGUAAACAUGAAUAGGAAUUUAAUUAGGUUUCUUGUCUCUUUAGAAGUUAUGUAAAUUGUAUGUCUCUUUUGGGCAUUGAAUGUUGGCCCAAAAAAACUAGUUCGAUGUUUGGAAAUUAAGAAAACAAAAAUUCAAAAAUCGCAAGUUAAAACUCAAAAGGCAGAAACGAUAUUUCUAUGCGUGCCUUUGUUUUAAAAUGUGAUCACGAUAUUAUACUCACACUCAAAAGAUCCCACAAAUCGCUAAACCAUUCAGCUCAGCCAAAUGCUGAAAUUUCAUUUUUACAAAUUAAGAACUAGAAGCGACAGUAUGCGAAGCAAGAGCUGAGGAUGACUACAUGACUCUGCGAAUAUUCAGUUUUCAGCCGAUUGAGAAAAAUAUCUUCCACAGAUUUCAAAAUGAGUUAAGGCUGUUGAAGUGAAAGAAACUUAAAGCUUAUAUAAAACUCGGCAAGUUUUUGAGUACUACAAUGCUGAGACUCACAAAAAUUAUUUAUAAACCGAUUGGUGGUUUAAUUAGCGCGGUUUACAGCCGCUUGUAAUGCCAGUCUUUCACAAGAAAAUUGUUAAUUCCAAAAUCACUGGUAUAUUAAUUAAUUUGUGGUUUACUAUACUUGCUUAAGGUAUAGGUAUGUACACCUCUAACAUCAACCCUUUCUCUCUCAAUAAAUCAAUCAAUUCAUCAGCUCAGCAAAAACAAUACUUUAGUAAGUAGGCCAAGUUCAGUAGACCAACUUAGCAAUGAGCGUCUGAUAAUCUACUACGAAUACUUUUAAGAAUAUUUUUGCAUGAGUAUACAAGCUUACGAGCCCACAAAAAUUAAAAAAAACUAACAUUAGAGAUAGUGCAAGCUUUGGAAAAUUAUGCUAUAUAUGCGUUUUAGCUGAAGGCAAAAAUACACACAUCGAUUUUUAAGGGUUGAGAAUAAAUUUUGCUGAACGUGUUCAAGUUGAUUUUUAACACAAGUGUAAGCGUACGAGUAACAACAUCAUUAACAUAAUCGCACAUGUCAUAUGUAUGUGUGUAUAUGUAUUUCGAAAAAUUGUUUAGGUUUGGUAAAUUGCAGUCAACAGACAUCUGCAAACGCAUAGUUGAGUAGAGGAUGUUGCAUAUUGGGAAAAUUGAUUUUAUAUAAGUGGUAAGGCCAUGAUUAACACUGUUGCAGUUAUGUGAAAAAUCGCUCAUGGCUCUGUCUCCAUAAACCAACUAAGUGAACUGUGUUAUACCGCCUAACUAAGUUGGUCCCCUUACCUAAUAUGUGAUGGACUCGAGACGUUUCAUGGAUAUGUUAAAUGAAGGCUUAUUAUAUGAUUACAGUUCUCAAUAUUCGCCAAACCAACAUAUAUAAGUCUGAAUAAGACGCUAAAAACCUUCUUUAAUAUUGACAAAAUUUUUCGGCUAUUACGAGUAUGGUUGAAAGUAGGUGCUAGCCAAAUCAAGUCUAUCCAUGCAUAACAUCUUUUAGACUUACAUAUUGCUAAAGAAAAACGUGAUAACCAAUCACAAAAAAUAUGUAAGUAAAAUAAUGAUUUCUUCACCAACCCUUUGAGGGUAUCAAAUCGAACACACAACUGGUAUAAAAUACAUUGGUUUGCAAAGCGAAUAUAACACUUCAAUGAAAUAUACAGAAACUUUGAUAUUAUUUAUACACGUACAUUUUUUGACAAAGUAGUGGAACUCAAACUAAGCGAGCAAAUAAAUGGUGAAUCGAACGUGACGUACAUUAGAGAGUAAAGGAUAUCAUUGGAUAUGAUCAUGCAGUUUGAUAUAUAUUUCUCUAAUUAACUCUUCCAAUAUUAAAAUUUCGAACUAAGGAACGCAGAGGCCUUCUUUACUUUGAAGACAGUAAAAAAUUGAUCAAAAGGCUAUGCAAUCAGCUCUAUCUGCAUGUUUAAUUAUUUUACAUUUAUUUUAGAAAACUGCACGUCACUUUGAGAGUAUGUGUCGGGGAAAAUUACACAAGAUAUAUGAUACAACAAAUUUUAGCUGAUGACGAAGGCUGUUAUCGAAGUGCAGUUUCACAAGCAAGAGCAAAAUCAAUGAAGAUUACGAGUUGACGAUAGCCGAGUUAGUUUAAUACUCUAUCACGAUCAGAGAAAUAAAAAAUCCUUUGCUAAAAUAUUUAAUAUUUUAAAAUGAGGUUAGUGGGUAAGCAACCUUAUUGGAUAGCAGCAUCAGAUUGGUUAAGAUUCAAUAUAUACUUACUCCUAUUGUAUUAUAUAUGUAUAUAAAUAUAUAUUUAAUCAUAUAUAUUUGCGUAUAGUUAUAUAGGCUGCUCAUCUUUACUUUCUUCCUCUCUCUCUGUGCACUUACUAAAUUCUAAUUUUUGCAUAAUUGAUGAGCUAUGCACUUUUUCUAAUAAUAAUCUACUUAUAAUAUGCCACAGACGUAUAUAUGCAUAUAUGUAUGUAUGAUAAUUUCUCAUCAUCAUCAUCAUAGCUUCUGCUUCCUCUUUGCUUGGACUCCUACAUUCUACUAGGUUCCUGUCUACUUGCUAUUAGCUUGACUCUUUUUAAUUUUUUGCUUUACUUGCAGUUUGGCGUAUUCUUUGCUCGCCUUUUGUUUGCAAACAAAUUUUCGCUUUCAAGCUAAGCAUACUUUUCAGCGCGUAGUGCAAAAUCGUGCCACGCAAAUAAAAGCGCAUAAAUCUAAGUAUUUUUGAGUAAGUUAUUAAUUUUUGUUUAAUUAACUUACGGCGCGUGAUUUUUCACAUAAUUGAGGUGAAGAAAUAAAGUGAAGGAGAAAGUAUAUUUUUUUUGUUAUUGGAGAGCCACUUGAAAAGUUGCUAAUGAGAGUUAUGAAAUUUGGAGUCAGACAUGGGAAACGACAGGUGUAAAACCUUCUAUUUUGAAUACAUAUUCGAUAAAUAUAGUAUUUUUACAAAAAAUUGCCUCAAAACGUAGUACGAUAGCUAUUGGAAAGUUUUUUAGUAUAAAACAGAAGACAAUUAGGGAAAUUUUUAAAACUUGUUGCAUACUUGUAGGCGCUACAACUUGCGAUUGGUAUGAGUAAAUUAAUAAUUUCGAAAAUCACUGAAAAGUUGUGUAUAAGCUACUGCUCUUGCAUACUUUAGCAUUGAUUACUUAAAAUAUAUUUUUUAAAAUUUCGAUAGUUUAUACCUUUGAAAACAUACUAAAAUUUCACAUCGAUAUCGCAAAUAGCUUGUGAGUUACAGCCAUUUAAUCCUCAAAAUUUCAAAAGAAUAGAUACAGCAGUUUUUUUUAAUUCCCAAAAAUCGACGAUGUUUAAGGCUAUCCCACUAGGUGUGCCCCUUAAUAUUUUAUAUAUGGCACUUGAAUUUAUAUAGCAUAAAAUAUAUCUUAUAAAAUCCGUUGCACAUUUUCCCAGUUUUUUGACUUAAAUUUCUUUUGAAUAUUCAUAAAAAAUAUCUAAUUUAGGAACUAAUUCAACUCGCUCCAAUCAAAAUAUUAACGAAACGUGACUUUAGGAAAAUUUCCAAAUUGAAUUGGAAAUUGAAGCAAACCAAGCGCAAGUCCAACCAAAACAAAAAAAAAUACUUUAACUUAAUUUAAACAAUAAAUAAGAAAAAAAACCAAAAAUAAAUUAGAAAAGUGUUAAAUGAUAAACGCGCUGUGUGUGUGUGCGCAGCUUACAAAACACGGGCGCAGCUUGCAGUUGACAGCUUUGCGUCGCGCGGACAUUUAACCAACAUAACUGCCCUCAACACUCCAAAAACAAAAAUCUAUUAAAAACUAAAAAAAAUAAACAAAAUAAAACAAUAACAAUAAAACUAUUGUGCAUUGUUGCUGUUACAGCAACAGCAAAAUGCAUUCGACGCCCACUAUACCCAGCAUGCCUUCCGCUACGUCCACCCGUGGCCAUCACAGCACAAUUGGCCUUUUAAGUAGCCUUAUGCGUCGCUUAUUAAAACUUUUGAUUAGCUGCCUUCUCAUGCCGGCCAUGCAACAUCACAUCCACGUUAAUUGGUCUCCAAUGUCAACAUCUCCAACGUCCAGCAUACUUGCGCACGCCUCCACCAUCUCGCUUUCGGUGUCAUUGUCUGCCACAAACUCAACAACCGUUGCUGGCGUGACGAUGCCCACUGCUAAGCUGGACGUUGGCAUGGCUGCUGUGGCAGCAGCAGCUUUAUCCGGUUUGGGUGCACGCGCUCCAGCCUCCUGGUCGGUGGCUGCCUCUCAUAUGCGUCUGACACAGCGCAAUAAUCAUGCGAAUAUCUCCGAACUGUUGGAUAAUUUAUUACGUGGCUAUGAUAAUAGCAUACGACCGGGUUUCGGUGGUCCACCCGCCACAGUCGAAGUUGACAUUAUGGUGCGGAGUAUGGGACCCAUCUCUGAAGUGGAUAUGACUUAUUCCAUGGACUGUUAUUUUCGUCAAUCAUGGGUGGAUAAGCGUUUAGCCUUCAAAGGCGCUCAGGACACAUUGGCGUUGAGUGUUUCGAUGUUGGCGCGCAUCUGGAAACCCGAUACAUAUUUCUAUAAUGGCAAACAGAGUUAUCUGCAUACCAUAACGACACCGAAUAAAUUUGUGCGCAUUUAUCAGAAUGGCAGAGUGUUGUAUUCGAGCAGACUAACAAUCAAAGCUGGCUGCCCAAUGAACUUGGAAGACUUCCCUAUGGAUAUACAAAAGUGUCCACUAAAGUUUGGCUCAUUUGGCUAUACGACAGCGGACGUUGUAUAUCGCUGGAAUCGCGAGCGCCCAGCUGUUGCCAUCGCCGAGGAUAUGAAGUUGUCACAAUUCGAUUUGGUCGAUUGUCCGGCGGGCAAUCUCACUGAUGUGAUCUACAAAGCAGCCGCACCGCAUGAUGCCACACACAACAGCCACAAACCGGGCAAUGCUAAUAGAAACAGCAAUAAUUAUUACAACAAAAAUGCAGGCAACGAUUACAAUCCGAAUCGUAAGAGUCAAAAGUAUGGCAGUAAAUCGAUGACUACAUUUGCUGGACCGGGUGCGAAGAAUCAGCAUGUACGUGGUACGGGAUUGCAAUUGGACAAAGGUGCCUUUGGAGGUGGGAGUGGUGGUGUGGGUGUUGGUGCGGGCCGUGGUGGUUUGGGGGGCGCCAGUGGUGGUGGUGGUGUAGAUGGUUUUGGUGGUAUUAGUGUGGAUGCGCCGGGUUCAGUGCGUUUCGAGUCGAGUCGGGCGUCUGAGUACUCAAUGCUUAUGGUGAAUUUCCACCUCCAACGUCACAUGGGCAAUUUCCUCAUACAAGUCUAUGGCCCCUGCUGUCUACUCGUCGUACUUUCUUGGGUCUCAUUUUGGUUGAAUCGCGAGGCCACCGCAGAUCGUGUCUCACUGGGCAUUACCACGGUGCUUACAAUGACAUUUCUCGGCUUGGAAGCGCGCACCGAUCUGCCGAAGGUCCCCUACUUGACUGCACUGGAUUUCUUUGUUUUUCUUUCGUUCGCCUUUAUUUUCGCCACCAUACUACAAUUCGCUGUCGUUCAUUAUUUCACGAAAUAUGGUUCGGGUGAAUGCUACUUUAUCAUUGAGGAAAUGGACUCGGAUACUGAAUCAGAAGCGGACGCACGCACAUUGAAGAGCGAAUUUAAUGUUAGCACCGAGUCAAAGUUAUACGAGGUGAUACCGUUGUCGAUGUGUUCUAUACCCAUACAUAGCACCGGUAAAGGUUCGACGUCGGCCAGCAGCAGCGGUAUUGGUGUGGGCAUUGGUGCGCGUGCACGUCGCAACUCGGGCGCUAAGCGACGUAUACUGGGUGGCGGUGGUAGGGGUGAAAGCACUACUGGUAGUGGUCGCUACUAUUUGAAUUGUUUCGCUUGGUCGUGUUUUCGUCGGCGGAAACGUGGUCGCGUUGGCUUCGAUAUGUCGGAUGAGGAUGAUGAAGAAGCCCAUUUGCGAGCCGGUGAAGAGCCCACACCACAUCGCGGCAGCGGCAAAAGACGCAUGUCUUUCUACCGGCGCGAGGAAUUAGAGGCACGUCGUAAAGGCAAACGUGUACCACAAUACAACUCAGUAUCGAAAAUAGAUCGCGCCUCCCGUAUAGUCUUCCCAAUGCUCUUCUUGCUCAUCAAUGUCUUCUACUGGUAUGGCUAUCUGUCGCGCAGCUCACGAAUAUUAGCGAAUACACCGACGGCCACUUGAUGUUACCUUUUAGCAAUUUAGAUGAAGUCCGAGAAGAAAUCAAACGGACGGCUAUGUGGUGGCGUUGAAGGCGACAAAAAAUUUACAAAAAUAUGGCAAAUUAUUGGUGACAAUAUUUGGCUAGUAAAUUAAGUAAAAUAUCAACAUAUUUUUGGAGAUAAAAUUUAUAAAACAAAUGCUGCCGUUUAAA